CUGUUUCCCAACCCCAACAGUGUCUUCCUCUCUUGUCUCCAUCUCCAGACAAGAUAAUCUCAAGAUUUCCAUCUCGAUAAACAAGAUUUACGAAAAACAUCAACUUAACAAGAAUAAGAAGUGGAUUAUACUUCAUAGUUUCAUAUUCUAUCUUGUCUCUCUUUUCUUUCUUUUUUUGUCUUUUCUGUGCAUGUUUGUGAAACAAAAAUGUGCUUCCUUCGUCAUUUCCUGUUUCUUCUACUUCCCAUUUGGGUUCUGGGUUUCUCCAUCUUCUCCUUCGCUGCUGUGAUUAAAUCAGAAGAAUCUUCCGUUGUUUUCGUUUCUGGCACUCCCCACGAAAUCCCUAUUUCUCAGGGAAUGGGAGCUCAAUCCCCAGGACCUCCAAUUGUUAAAGUGGUGCUUCGCGAGGACUUGAACAAGAAGAUUUUAAUUGCUCUUAUAGUCUCAUCGACUCUCCUCUGUGUCACAGUCGUGUUCCUUGUGUACCUCUUGCUAUGGAGGUACAGAAAUCUAAAGAACAGCUUCACCGGGAUCAAACAAAAAUCCGAUUCUGUGAAGAGUGUAUCCACGAAGCCCAUUGUACACAAGAUUGAUUCUGUGUCUGUGAGGAAAGGAACUAUCCCUGUGUAUGAUUAUCAGUUGCUGGAAUCUGCAACAAACAAGUUCAGUGAUAGUAAUGUGUUGAGCCGAGGUGGUCGUGGUUGUCUUUACAGAGCUUUUCUUGAUGAAAACUCCUCUGUCACUGUGAAGAAACUUGAUGGUGGUGGUGGGGAGAUAGACAUUGAAAAACAGUUUGAGAGUGAGGUAGAUUGGUUGGCUAAGAUCAAGCAUCAGAACAUAAUCUCCCUAUUGGGGUUUUGUGUAUAUCGCCAAACGAGAUGUAUUGUGUAUGAGAUGAUGCAGAAUGGAUCUUUGGAAAGUCAGUUGCAUGGGCCUAGCCAAGGUUCAGGUUUGACUUGGCAGCUUAGGAUGAAAAUCGCGGUUGAUAUAGCACGAGGAUUAGAGUAUCUUCACGAGCAUUGCCACCCUCCGGUAGUUCACAGAGACUUAAAAUCAUCUAACAUCCUUCUAGACUCGGAGUUCAACGCAAAGAUAUCAGAUUUUGGGUUCGCAACUCAGAACAGAAACCUGAAGCUUCCUGGAACUUUAGGAAACAGAGCUUCCGAGUAUCUUGUUGAUGGGAAAGUUACAGACAAGAAUGAUGUCUACGCUUUUGGGGUGAUUCUCCUAGAACUUCUCCUGGGGAAGAAAUCAGCCGAGAAACCAUCAUCGGAACCAGAAUCUGUCGUCACUUGGGCUGUACCUAAGCUCAGUGACAGAGCUAAUCUGCCCAACAUCUUGGAUCCUGCAAUCAAAGGAACCAUGGACUUGAAGCAUCUCUACCAGGUUGCUGCGGUAGCUGUCUUGUGUGUCCAGCCAGAGCCAAGUUACAGACCACUUAUAACCGAUGUCUUGCACUCACUCAUCCCUCUUUUACCAGUUGAUCUCGGCGGAUCAUUGCGAAUUUUAUGAGAGAAAAAUCUUCCCUUUGUAGCUUUUUUAUUUCAACUUGCAUGUGAUGAUUUUUUUUUUUGGUUUGUUCAUCGGCAAAUUCCACUUUUUUUUUUUUUUUUUUCUCUGUUGAUCAUUGCGACGAGAAACUGAAUACAGAAGUUCACAUAAAUGAGUAGCUCAUUAU